GAUAAAUCACAUAAAUCACAACUACACAUGAAAGACUUGCGCAUCAGUGACAUUACCAAUAUAAUUAUCGUAAAUCUAUUACUUUUCUUGUUUUUAAUCAGUUUUCAAGGCUGCAAAUUUGAGAUUUUUUGUUUAUAAAUAAAAAAUUCCCCAAAUAAAAUGAAGCCCACACGAGCUUCUGUUCAUCAUUAGUCAAAUAAACUUCACUGACUUCGACUCCGCCUUUCCGCUUAUUCCCGGAGCGGAUUGGGUGUUGGGGAAAUGUCGUGACGCCCUCUGUGUGUGUGUGUGUGUGUGUGUGUGUGUGUGUGUGUGUGUGUGUGUGUGUGUGUGUGUGCGAGAGAGAGAGACUGUGUUUUGCGUGUUUGUAUUCCAGCUGUUGUACUGAUCAGUACCCGCAGUUCAGUUUCAGAGUUCCAGCGCUGCGGUUUGUCGCAAACGGAUUUUUACCGGAAUUAAGGAUCGCGCGCACGUGUGUGUGUGUGUGUGUGUGUGUGUGUGUGGGUGUGUUGAGCGGGAUGUGACUGUAUCCAACCACAACAGGAUGAAAAGUACUGCUUCUGGAGAUCGAACUCAUCUCAUGAGCAGGACUUUGUAGUCAGUGUAGUGUGAAGAACACUGGAGUUUUCUCGUUUCUUGGAGACAAUGCAGCGUUGAUGCAUUCUGAACACACAAGCAGCAGAACCAUGUCUGAUCUGUAGCUCAGAGCUCUGAAGAGGGAAAUCAGAAAAGUACCUACAAAACCUAGGAGAUAUUCUACAGCCCGAGCUUAAUAAACCAGCUGUCAGCUGAGAUACAAUCACUUCCUGAAUGCUGAGAUGUUUCUGUAUUGGAUGACGGCGCGAUGGUUACCAUGCUGCCAAGAACCCUGCAGGAAUACCGUUUACUCUUGCUAAUGAUAGACCCACUUUGACACGCCCACUUGCUGCCAUAAGCCAAUCGGAUUCGAUGGAAAACUCGUCCUCCUCGUCAUUUUGGUGGGAAAACAGCAGCUCAUUGGUGCUCAGGACUCUCUGGUCAACACCCAAUGUGCAGGUAACAGAGCAGGCAGUGGUGCAGGAGGCGGGGCAGUAUGUUGGGCGUGUCCUAAGUGUUCCACUGCAGGUGUUCUUCAGUGUGCUGAUGGUGUGUGUGUUGUUGUUGGCGUUGUGUGGGAAUGCGGUGGUGUGUGUGAUGGUGUACCACCGCGCUGCCAUGCACUCCGCUAUUAACUUCCUGUUAGCCAACCUCGCCUUCGCCGACAUGCUGCUGACAGUCACUGCCGUGCCCUUUGACCUGGUCACCAUGGUGACAGCACAGUGGCUGUUUAGUGCCACUCUUUGCCGGGCGUCAGCCAUGCUGUUGUGGUUGUGUAUGUCGGUGGGUGUGGCUAUGCUGUUGGCGAUCAGUGUGGAUCGUUUCCUGAUCAUUGUGCGGAGACAAGACCGUCUCACACUGCACCGGGCCAAGAUCCUCAUCGCUGCCUCCUGGAUCCUCGCUUUUUUCCUGUCUUUCCCGCUGUUGCUAGGAUACCCGUCCCUGCAGAUACCCCCUAGUGCACCACAGUGCGUCCUAAGCUACUCCCCUGACAGUAGUUACCAUGGAUACGUGGUGCUUCUGGCCCUGGUGAGCUUCUUCAUUCCAUUUGCCGUAAUAGCGUGUUCCUUUGCUGCGAUCCUGAGUUCUAUUAGGCACAAUGCACUUCGGAUCAGUUGUGACUCCGCCCUCUCCCUGUCUAAGCCCCGACCGCUCCACCUGAGCGUGGAUGUGGGCUUCAAGACACGAGCCUUCUUCACCAUUCUGCUGCUGUUUGUGCUAGCGUUCACCUCGUUGGCGCCCCUGGUGGUGUUCAGCCUGUGUGCGGCGAUCAGCAGUGGUGUUUAUAAUGGGGCGGGGUUUUUCCAGGUAAGUGCCUGGCUGCUGAUACUCAGCUUUUUGCGUCCCGCUCUCAACCCACUCAUCUACUACUGCCGCAUCAGGAAGUUCCGCCACGCCUGUGCCCACUGGGUGCCCUCCAUCUGCAAGCUCCGCCCACCACUACCCAGCCAGGCCCAGCGCAGGAUCAGGCCCAGUGCAGUGUACGCCUGCAGUGAAUAUCACUCCAGCAUCUAACACACACACACACACACACAAAAUAUACACCUUUACUGUGCCUGUAAUUUACUUCAUAAUUGUACAUCUGUAUGUAAUUGUUUUACAUAAAAAAAUUACUUGUGUGUGUGUUUGUUUGACUGUUUCUGAAUUGUGAAAAUAUGCAAUACUCUACUGUUUUUAUAAUUUUCUGCUUUAGAAAUAUUACAUUUAUAAAAGCAUCUUUGUGUGAAUUUAAUUCUUAA